GAGCAGGCCUCGGGGAGUGCACCGGCUGUCUCGGCCGCGGGGGCCUCAUCCUGAUGUGCCAUGUGAGGCUCGGGAACGCCAGGCCCGAGAGGGCCGCGAACGCGAGCCUCUCCGGGUACAACCGCAACAGCCUGUGGGCGUGCCUGACCUUCCAGACGGGCGCGUACGACUCGGUGGUGGGCGUUGAGGCCGAGCAGGGCGGAGCGCCGCGAGCUCAGCCACGCCCCAGCCUGCGACUGGGGGCCGCGGAUGAUCAGUCGCAUGUGGCAGCUGCCGGUACCCUGUGGCCCGCCUGAGGCUGCGAGUCCCGGAGUACGUUAUCUACGAUCCAGCCCAGGCCGCUCUGAAUUACAUCGUCGAGGUGGCUAGGAUCUCGCGGUGACCAGCGCCGAGGGGGAGUACGAGAUGCAAGUUGUCGACAUCCGAAUCUGGUGCCCGUGCUGUACAGAGGGUUUCCCUUUCGAUCGCCUCCUGUGUGCCCCCUUUCCUUGGCCCUUGCUGCACUGCUGCUGCUCCUCAUCCCCUUCCGCUCCUCCUGGGGCUUCAUUUCCUGGUGGAAUCUCCUUGAGGCGGAACGAUCCACCAUCGUUCGAGGUGUCAGAAACCAACGCCGACGUCAUCGCGACGUGAACCUGCCGUGCGGAUAUGUCCCCGCCUCGCGCAGAGGGCGCAGAGGGCGCAGCGCGUUUUCGGGGGCGUGAGGGGCGUGCAGGCAGCGAUCACGCGCGACGUGAUUGUGAGGACCCUGGCUGUUAGUUCAGUGCGGCAUGCCAGAGGCUGCCACAUCCCGUAUCCACGUAUAGCAAUGGUCACGAGCUCCGUGACGGUGGAGACCCUGAGCUGCUAAAUUGCAGCCUUGCGCGAGCUGGUGGCAAGCGAACACAUUCUUAGCUUCUCUCACCCUCCAGCUCUCUCCUCCCUCCUCCCUCUUUCCCUGUUUCCUCAGGGCGUUCGGUCGCUUCUUCCUUUUCUCUCGCCUCGUGGUUUUGUUGCCCUUACUGCCUGCUCCACCGGCGGGAGGUCCGCAGCCUCCAGGAGACAAAAGGUCCGCAGCUCGAGUCUCG